GUCACAUUUAUCAAAUGUUCGAAUAUUAAUAAUAAUAAUAACAACACUAAUAAUAAUAAUAAUAAUAACAAUAAUAAAAAGAGCGAUACGUACUGAAUGACAAAUGCGCCGUUAUGACAAGUUCCAGCGAAGGCGAAAUACUUCAAACAUGUCAGAUUAUCCGAGAACGAUGGAAAAUCAAGAUGAAAAUUGGAGGUGGCGGCUUUGGCGAAAUUUACGAAGCUAUCGAUUUGCAAAAUCACAAUGAAAGGGUAGCUAUGAAGGUUGAAUCUAGUAAAGCUACCAAGCAAGUACUUAAAAUGGAAGUUGCCGUACUAAGAAGACUUCAAGGGAAGAUGCAUGCAUGUAAAUUUUACGGGUGUGGGCGAAACGACAAAUUUAAUUAUUUGGUAAUGAGCUUACAAGGUAAGAAUUUAGCCGAUCUACGUCGUGAAUCACCCAAGCAGUCAUUUUCCUUGUCAACAGCAAUCCGUAUUGGAUUACAAAUUCUGAAUGCUAUCCGGGAAAUACAUUCCAUCGGAUUUUUACAUCGUGAUAUCAAGCCUUCAAAUUUUGCAAUGGGCCGAACGAAUGCAACAUGUAAAAUGAUUUUUAUGCUUGAUUUUGGUCUUGCACGACAAUAUCUCAAUGCAAAGGGUGAAAUUCGAAGUCCAAGAAGUGCGGCUGGUUUCCGAGGUACCGUACGAUAUGCUGCUGUUUCGGCUCACAGAAAUAAGGAAAUGGGACGACAAGAUGACCUAUGGUCAUUGUUUUAUAUGUUAGUCGAAUUUUUGCAGGGUUCAUUACCUUGGAGGAAGAUUAAGGAUAAAGAAGAAGUGGGUCGGAUGAAGGAAGAAAUGAAUUUAGAUGUAUUAUUAGAUGGUUGUCCAAGAGAAUUGUAUGACUUUGCGGCAUAUUUGAAAACACUUGGUUAUGCGGAUGAACCUAGUUAUGGAUUAUUGGAAAAUAAUCUACGAAAUAUUAUUACCCGGCAUGGUAUAAGUGCUGAAGAACCGUAUGAUUGGGAAAUUAAUUAUGAAAAUCUUGGCCCAAAAGUUCGCUUAAAUGGUGCAAUUCCAACACGAAAUCGUUCACAUACAACUGCAUUGAAAGAUCGUUUAAUCGAGGAUAAGAAUAGAGGAUUGGAUACUCAGGCACCAAUUACAAUGGGUGAAGAGGAUGAUGACCAUGAUCAAACUGGUCAUCAUAUCAAACAUUCUUCUACUGCAGAAAGAGAUGCACACGAUAAACCUAAAUACAAACGGCAAGAAUUCAUGAGGCCUAAAUAUGGUGCUGUGAAUUUUGACGUAAUAGAUGCAGUAAAUGCAAGGUUAGCUGCUGCGGCAUCAACUAGUGGUACUGCUGAUAUAUUUAGUAAGCUACAAAUUGAAACAUCACUUGAUAAUGCAGAAAAGAAAAUCGGCGAUGUUGAGGUAACAUUUCAUAUACCGCUUAAUAAUUCAAAAACAAUCCAGGAGAAAUCAAAUCGAGCACACCAAAAACGACAUAAGACGGUACCACCAAAUACCGUUGAAAAAAGCAUAAAGAGCAACCGUUCAUUAACACUUUCGAACGGGAAACGGUAUAGCAAAAAACUAAAUGAUGCGCCGUCAGUGGCUGAGCAAACAUAUGCGCAAGCGGAUUCAGAAACCGGCGCUAGCAGCCAUCUGAAAGCACCAACAAUUAUCAGUCGAUGGCACGGCUCAUUUGAUGAGUCCUACGGUGAUGGUGAAGCGGUGACAAAUGUCGACUGUUUGCGCGUGGAAAAAUCAGAUAAUAGUGGAAGUAAAUACUCACCGCUGACUGGAAGGCAUUGUUCAACAGCUGUACCACCACUUUCACGAUCCAGUGUACAUAAUACUGAUGCAAAAAAUGGUAAGCAAACACCGGUUACCACAAAUUCUAAUUUGUCUCCAUACAAUGUUCGUUUAUCUACUACAGUAUCAACACCAGAACCAGCUCUAAUCUCAGCAUUACCUUCUGUAACACCUUCAUUAUCACCACAAAUAGCCGUAACUCCUCCCGUUGCUCGGGCAUUAUUUACCACUCCUCAAACAAUUCCACCAACAAAAACAGCCUUUCAACCAUUGUUACAUGCAAUGGCACCAACCAGUUCAACUGUUCAAUCAGCAUCUGCUUCAUUAAUGAUGCAUUUCAAAAAUCUUGUAAAUACAUUUAAUUCAUUUGCAAAUGGCAGUGGCGCUACUGAUACAACAUCCAAAAAUUCUCAUCGUCUGGAAAGAACCAAACGUUUUUCAUUCGAUAAUGCAAUUCCAUUACAAUUUCAAAAUUCUGCUAAACAAUUUACCAAUGAUCAUAACAGCAGGAACAAUGAACCUACUCCUAUUACGACGUUAAAUGAUUCGAAGGUUAAGAUAAAUACUAAAAGCAAUAAUAACAAUAAUACUGACCAAGAAAAAGAAUUGCGAAGACAACGACGUUUGCGAAGGCGAUCUGUAUGUCAAGAAAUGUUCCCAAUUAAUGAGUCGAUAUGGAAAAGUUCAAUACAAGAUCCUGAAACAAGUGAUCAAACUGGAAAUAUUGAUGGAACAGCAAAGGUAGUUAAGAAAAGUACCAGUGAAAAACAUCUUUUUAAUAAUGGUAUCGAAGUGCCAACAUCAUCCGAUGGGAAAAAUCAAGUUAUUGAAGACACUAAGUGGCAUAUACUUAACUUGAGACGGAAAAGAUAUCAAUUUCUUGGAUUAACACCAUCACCACCACGUACAGCUAUGCAAUCCUGAAAAUUUAAUUCAGCG